AUGAGCUUCCUGAGCCGGCAGCAGCAGCCUCCAGCCGCGGGGGCGCGGCGCCCAACAGCCCGGCGGGCGGCGGCCCCGAUCCGGCAGAAGCUGCUCUUCUCGGGCGGCGGGAGCGACUGUGAGGAGGAGGAAGAGGAGGAAGAAGACGGCUACGAGGAGGAGGAGGAAGAAGAAGGAGGCGGCAGCGGCAACAGCACCGGGGAAGAUUCGGCCUUCCAGGAGGCCGACUCGCCCCUCUCGGUCAGCCGCACCCCGGCUCGGCGGGAGCUGCCGCCGCCGCGGACACCCGAGGAGGUGGCCAUGGAGCUGGCGCCGCCCGCACUCCCGGGCGACGAGGGGGACUCGUGGGAGGAGGAGGGCUUCGGUUCCUCGUCCCCGGUGAAAUCGCCUGGAGCUUACUUCAUGGCCGGCUCUCCGGCGCUGAAGGGCCCCCGCCGUUACUGCGGACAGUCGUCGCCUCCGCGCCCCGAUGCCACCCGGUACCGGGAGCACCAGGAGCCGAGUUCGCCGCUGCCCGAAUACCCCGGCACGCCGCCGCACAAGACUUUCCGCAAGCUGCGCCUCUUCGACACCCCGCACACGCCUAAGAGUCUACUUUGCAAAGCUCAAGGAAUGGGCUCGAGUUCAGCUAAGCUUCGAGGUGGCUCUCUCUUUAUGAAUGUUGGAAGACUAGUAAAACAGGAAUCUGACAUGGGACAGGCACCUCACGUGAACAUUAAUCCUUUCACUCCGGACUCUGUCUUCCUUCAGUCUUCAGUUGGACACUGUCGCAGGAGGAAGAGGACACACUGGAACGACUCCUGCGGUGAGGACAUGGAAGCAAGUGACGGAGAGCUUGAGGAUGAAACUGUCAGACCUGCCAAGCGGAUCAGCAUAACAGAAAGUAAUAUGAAAUCGCGAUAUGCAACAGAAUUUCAUGAAUUGGAGAAGAUUGGAGCUGGAGAAUUUGGUUCAGUAUUCAAAUGUGUGAAAAGACUUGAUGGUUGUAUCUAUGCAAUAAAGCGAUCUAAGAAACCCUUGGCUGGCUCAAUUGAUGAGCAAAAUGCUCUUAGAGAAGUCUAUGCCCAUGCCGUUUUGGGACAGCAUGCACAUGUAGUCAGAUACUUCUCUGCCUGGGCAGAAGAUGACCAUAUGCUUAUACAAAAUGAACAUUGUAAUGGCGGCAGUUUAGCUGAUGCCAUAAGUGAAAACUAUAGAAAUAUGCACUACUUCAGUGAACCAGAAUUGAAAGAUCUGCUGCUGCAAGUUGCUCAUGGUUUAAAGUAUAUCCAUUCGAUGUCAUUGGUACACAUGGAUAUAAAGCCCAGUAAUAUCUUUAUAUCUAGGACCUCAGUUCCAACUACUAUAUCUGAAGAAGGUGACGAUGAUGAAUGGUCGUCUAGCAGAGUUGUGUUUAAAAUAGGUGAUCUUGGUCACGUCACUAGAAUAUCCAGUCCACAGGUAGAGGAAGGAGAUAGUCGUUUCCUUGCCAAUGAAGUUUUGCAAGAGAACUAUAAUUACUUGCCAAAAGCAGAUAUUUUUGCUCUUGCGUUGACUGUGGUGUGUGCUGCUGGUGCUGAACCACUGCCAGCCAAUGGGGAUCAGUGGCAUGAAAUUCGGCGAGGGAAGCUGCCUAGAAUUCCACAAUUACUUUCUCAGGAGUUAUUAGACUUAUUAAAAGUUAUGAUAAACUCUGAUCCGGAGAAAAGACCCUCAGCAGUUGCUCUUGUUAAGCAUUCUGCACUAUUAACUACUGCCAGAAAGAGUGCUGAGCAGCUAAGAAUAGAACUGAAUGCUGAAAAGUUCAAAAACUCUUUGUUGCAAAAGGAACUGAAGAAAGCACAGAUGGCAAAGGCAGCAGCUGAAGAGCGAGCACAGAUUAAAGAUCGAAUGACAACUAGAUCUACAGCACAGAACAGAACAACCCGUCUUACUGGAAAGAAAAUGAACCGUUCAGUCAGCCUCACAAUAUACUGACUGGGCUGUUCCAUAAGACUGGCAAAGGCAGACGAUGGACUAAAUUAAGAGAGGGUUCUGUUUCUGAUUUUCUUGUUAAUCACUGUCAAUGGUUUUAUAAAGAAGCCUUAUACCAUUUUAAUUUUAUCAAAUGCAGUUAAAUAACUGUAUUUCUCCAUUGCCCCAAAGAAUCUAGGAUGCUUCCAAGCCUUUCAGUUACACUGUGUGUUACACCAUCUAGAGUUAACCACUAGGUGUGCUGCUUUUUAGUUGUAAUGCGUUGUAAUGAAAGGCGUUUUCUAAGAAACUGCUUUGUUUAAAAAGGAAGGAAGAAAUGCCAUGGGGAGAGGUUAAAGGCCAGCAGGCCAAACCAUACCUGGUGUCAGGUAAACUAUUGUGAAUUUUACUCAUGUAUUCAACUGGGAGCACUUUGUUAGGCAUUGCUUAGACCACAGGAAUAAGCCUGUGGAAACGUGCCAUGUGAAACUGCUGCUAUUUUUAGUUUGUCCUUGCUGUAAAACUGUAGCAUUAAAACAAUCAUUGUGUUAGUGGGCUUUCUUUUUUUUUAAAAAAAAAAUUAUGUGAAAAUUAUCAAAGCUGCCUGGGUGAAAGCAGCUUCCUUUUCCGAAGCUAGUGUACUGUGUACAGAGUCAAUGCACCAAUUUUAUAUUUGAAUUACAUUAUUAGUGUAAAUGUUGCUUUGGUUUUGGUUUUGUACUUCUUUCUAAUAAAAGUUCUCCAAAAGUUAAUUCCUCCCCCUUUCUCUCAUCUUCUUUCUUCCUCUGUUAAUAUUUGAAUGUGCCUGUUUGCAUAUUUUAGUACUUGUACAUAAGUGUAUUGUUUUACCAUUUUUCAAAAUGAUUGUAUAUAGCUGUUCUUAUAGUGUACAAUACUGAAAGCUGUAGUUUGAGAUGCCAGAAGAUCCAAUUCAAAUUUAUUUCAACUUUAGUUGUGAAAUUAAUAUAAUAGGUCCUCCCAUUGUGUUCUGAUAAUGUCAAAAUAGAUACUAUCUAUUUUGGGCUUAAACCAAUGUUUCCCACUUGAAUGUUUCACUUUGUUUUUAAUUAGUAUUGAAUUGGAAUAUUAA